CCUGCUGCACGCACACACACACACACACACAUCAAGUUUGACGGGUUAGAAGAUCGAGCUUAAUUUUAGAAAAGGAAAGUUUUCUCGUAGCUUGAAACAUUUUAAUGCGUUGGCAUUCAUAGAAAAGAGGCAGCUGCAACAUAUUUUUUAUUAGGAAUAAUGAGCAAACUCUUUGUUUUUUGUGGAUAGCUUUAAACAGCGAUGCUAAGCAACAUCGGCGUGCAGCGACAACACUUCCUGCUUCCAAGACAGAUACAAAUCACUUGAGCUGCUGUGGCCGUGGAGGGAAACCUACCUCAGGUGUGCAAAAAUGAAGGCACUCAGAAACAUCGGGAUCAAUCCUGCAGCUCUGGCCUAUGCCAUGACCACACUGGGAGCAAGCAUGAUAAACAAUAUAUUCAGCUUCUACUAUGUCAAACUCUUCCUCAACAAGUACCAAAUCUCAGAGGGAGCUUUCCACCAAUCACAAGUGGUGUACAUGGUGUGGAAUGCUUUCAAUGACCCUCUCUUCGGAUACCUGCAAGAUAAUUCCAAAGUGCCUUGCUGCUCUCAGCGACGUCUGUCCAUCCUAUACGGGGCUCCCUUCUACUCACUGGCGUUUCUUAUAGCCUGGUUCCCAUGGCGGACCUACACCCCUGGGGACUGGAUGAGUGGCCUACAUUUGAUGGUGGCACUGUGUGCUUUUGAUGGCAUGCUGACUUUUGUGCUGUUGGCACAAUGUGCACUAUUCGCAGAGAUUUCCAGCAACCAUUACAACCGACUAAGACUAAUAAAGUACAGCCAGGUGGCAUCUCUUAUUGGUUCCUCCAGUGUCCUUUUCUGUGGUGUGCUGUCCAAUAACAUGGAGGACUUUGGAUCCUUCCAAGCCUUCACAGUGCUAAUUGCUGUCCUAAGCUGCGUCUGCAUGCUCUACACGGGCUUCCACAGUGACAGCCGCUAUGACAACAGAGGAUCAGAUUCAGAUGAUUCUGGGUGUGUUGAUGAGACAUCCCAUCAAUCAGUGUUGUCCUUUUCCAUGUUAAGAACACUUAUCUGGCAAAUCCUGACCAAUCGGGACUUCCAGCUAUUUGUGCUCAUGAACUUCUUCCAGGUUUUCAUGCUGUCUUUCUUUAACAACUUCACCAUGAUAUUUGCUGAGCACUUGAUUCCUCCAAAUGUGCUUCCAUCCUUGGCCAAGAGCAUCAUGUAUGGGGCAGGAUUCAUCUGUCCACAGUUGUUAGUGUUGAGCUGUCAGAGUCUGCUGCAUAGCCUUGGCUACUACAAGAUUAUCCUCUACACCUUCUACACAGAAGCAGGAAUGGCAGCUGUCAUGCUAAUGCUUGGCCAUCAGCACUACUAUAUUUUGGCAUUUUUUCUCACCAUCAACAUGGUCUUAAUCCAAGCAGCCUUCAGUCUCUUUGGGCUGCCUUUGGCUGACAUCAUCGACAAAGACAUGCAGCAGUACAAGCGCAGUGCCCCUCUCUCCUCUAUGGUGUUUGGGACAAAUGCUCUCUUCACUAAGCCAGGUCAUUCUCUGGCUCCUAUGUUGGUGCUCAGUAUCGUCAAUCAGUUUGGUUAUGAAAAGCUGAAGGACCUACGACAGGAUGCAAAUUCAAGUGACUUAGAAAGCCUCCAUAGUGUGAUGUUCUACUUGGUGUGUGUGGUGCCAAUGUUUAUCGCUGGUGUACAAGUCCUGGCUUGGAAACCUUUCUCUAUCCGCCAAAGUCACACCGUCGAAGCAAAGUAUAUCGAUGGCUAGCUUCGGUGCACUCAACUCUCGGAGGCAGCUGAGCUGUUGUACAAUUCUUAACCUGGCAUUUGGGAACAUUCUUAAUUACUUUACAGGGACCAUGUUGAAAGUAAUGUUGUUGUAGAAUCCUGGGUUGUAAUGGUGUUUAUGAAUGUAUAAUGUUUUCAAACAGAUAAAGAAUCCUCUCUGUUGGGCUUAUGGACAUGUGUAUCACUAUCCAAAUGAAACAUAAAUGUACAUUUUGACAUGAGGGAAAACAAAAAUGGAGAAAUUAAAAUCUGUCAGGAUUGAUUUCCUCAUUGACAUA